AAGGUAAACGGGUGAGCAUACCUGUCGUCGACAUGCAGCUGAAAGAUAAGGUCGUGUUCAUCACUGGAGGUGCACAGGGGUUCGGGAAGGCCGUGGCUGAAGCUGUGCUGAAGAAGGGUGCAAAGGUUUGUGUCGCGGAUGUCAAAGUGGACCAAGGGGAGGCAACUGCCAAGGAGCUACAAGCUUCCAGUGGAACAGACAAUGUCCUCUUUGUGAAAUGUGACGUGUCUGAUGCUUCUGUAUUUGAGGAUGCUUUCAAAGCUGCCGUCUCAAAAUUUGGUCACGUUGAUGUUAUGUGCAACAAUGCGGGCAUCAUGGAUGAACGAAUAUGGGAAAAACAGCUCGAAAUCAACUUCGGUGGCGUUGUGCGGGGGACAAUGAUGGCGCUGAAUCACAUGAGGAAGGAUAAAGGGGGUAGAGGCGGUGUCAUCAUCAAUACCGCUUCAAUGGGAGGUUUGUUUCCUAUGCUCUGGUUCCCUACUUACGCAGCCAGUAAAAGUGCUGUUUAUCAUUUCACAGCGAGCUGGGCACAAAACCCUGAAAUGAAGGCCGCCGAAAUUCGUCUGGUUAGUAUCUGCCCGUCGGGCGCUAAGACGGCUCUGCUUGACUUGGCUGAUGACCAGAUCAUAAACCCCGCACACUUCAAGCAGGUUAUGGAACAAUACGUGUACUGCACGGUAGACCAGGUGAUGGAGGCAUUCCUGCUGGCAAUGGAGGACGACACCAUCAACGGCACAGCCAUCACCAUCAAAGGCAAAGAAGGUGUGGAAAAGAUGAAGUUGUCACUGGUCCCGGCUGAGUAAUACCAAGAUAUAUACCACAUGAAAUAGCCCCAAGAUCUUAACCAGUAGUAUUAAAAUGCCUUUUAAAAAGAAAUUGCAAAGUACUGCAUGAUGUGUAUGCGGGCCACAGAGAAAGCCUUCGUGUAAUCCAUGGUAUUUUGUUAGAUAUAUACACAUGCACAAAAGUUAAGCGCCACCCACCAUAUGUGUGAGCUGUUACUUUUGGCACUUAAUGAUGACUAUUAUAAUGAGAUGUACGAUUGUUAUAAGCCGUAUAUGUAAACCUCAAGUGAUGCAGAAGUUGUCCCAAACCAAGUUUAUCUUGUGUUCCAAAAGAAUAUGAGCAGAAAGGAAUUUUACCGAAGACCAGAAAUUGAAGGAUUAGAAAACAUUGAAAAACUCUU